AAUCUCUAGCUCGCUCGCUCUCCCUCUCCCCGGGCCGUGGAAAGGAUCCCACUUCCGGUGGGGUGUCAUGGCGGCGUCUCGGACUGUGAUGGCUGUGGGGAGACGGCGCUAGUGGGGAGAGCGACCAGGAGGCCCCCCUCCCCUCCCCCGGGUCCCCCUUCCCCCGCCCCCCUCCCCCCAGCCUCCUUGCCAACGCCCCCUUCCCCUCUCCCCCUCCCGGCUCGGCGCUGACCCCUCAUCCCCACCCCCGUGGGAACGUUCGGAGCCUGCACUCCUCAGACCCUCUCGUCUCCUCUUCCCUCACCUCAGCCCCCGCUCCCCGCCCUCUUCUCGGCCCAGGGCGCCGGCCGACCCUUUCCUCCGCCGCCCCCCGGCCGCGGGGAGGACAUGGCCGCGCACAGGCCGGUGGAAUGGGUCCAGGCCGUGGUCUGCCGCUUCGACGAGCAGCUUCCAAUAAAAACAGGACAGCAGAACACACACACCAAAGUCAGUACUGAACACAACAAGGAAUGUCUAAUCAAUAUUUCCAAAUACAAGUUUUCUUUGGUUAUAAGUGGCCUCACUACUAUCCUAAAGAAUGUUAACAAUAUGAGAAUAUUUGGAGAAGCUGCUGAAAAAAAUUUAUAUCUCUCUCAGUUGAUUAUAUUGGAUACACUGGAAAAAUGUCUUGCUGGGCAACCAAAGGACACAAUGAGAUUAGAUGAAACAAUGCUGGUCAAACAGUUGCUGCCAGAAAUCUGCCAUUUUCUUCACACCUGUCGUGAAGGAAACCAACAUGCAGCUGAACUUCGGAAUUCUGCCUCUGGGGUUUUAUUUUCCCUCAGUUGCAACAACUUUAAUGCAGUCUUUAGUCGAAUUUCUACCAGGUUACAGGAAUUGACUGUUUGUUCAGAAGACAAUGUUGAUGUUCAUGAUAUAGAAUUGUUACAAUAUAUCAAUGUGGAUUGUGCAAAAUUAAAACGGCUCCUGAAGGAAACAGCAUUUAAAUUUAAAGCCCUAAAGAAGAUUGCACAGUUAGCAGUUAUAAAUAGCCUAGAAAAGGCAUUUUGGAACUGGGUAGAAAAUUAUCCAGAUGAAUUUACAAAGCUAUACCAGAUUCCACAGACUGAUAUGGCUGAGUGUGCAGAAAAACUAUUUGACUUGGUGGAUGGUUUUGCUGAAAGCACCAAACGUAAAGCGGCAGUUUGGCCACUACAAAUCAUUCUCCUUGUCUUGUGUCCAGAAAUAAUCCAGGAUAUAUCCAAGGAUGUGGUUGAUGAAAACAACAUGAAUAAGAAGUUGUUUCUGGACAGUCUGCGAAAAGCACUUGCUGGCCAUGGAGGAAGUAGGCAGCUGACAGAAAGUGCUGCAAUUGCCUGUGUCAAACUGUGUAAAGCAAGUACUUACAUCAAUUGGGAAGAUAACUCUGUCAUUUUCCUACUAGUUCAGUCCAUGGUGGUUGAUCUUAAGAACCUACUUUUUAAUCCAAGUAAACCAUUCUCAAGAGGUAGUCAGCCUGCAGAUGUGGAUCUAAUGAUUGACUGCCUUGUUUCUUGCUUUCGUAUAAGCCCUCACAACAACCAACAUUUUAAGAUCUGCCUGGCUCAGAAUUCACCUUCUACAUUUCACUAUGUGCUGGUAAAUUCACUCCAUCGAAUCAUCACCAAUUCUGCAUUGGAUUGGUGGCCUAAGAUUGAUGCCGUAUAUUGUCACUCCGUUGAACUUCGAAAUAUGUUUGGUGAAACACUGCAUAAAGCAGUGCAAGGCUGCGGAGCGCACCCAGCAAUACGAAUGGCACCGAGUCUUACAUUUAAAGAAAAAGUAACAAGCCUUAAAUUUAAAGAAAAACCUACAGAUUUGGAGACAAGAAGCUAUAAGUAUCUUCUUUUGUCCAUGGUGAAACUAAUUCAUGCAGAUCCAAAGCUCUUGCUUUGUAAUCCAAGAAAACAGGGACCUGAAACCCAAGGCAGUACAGCGGAAUUAAUUACAGGGCUGGUCCAACUAGUCCCUCAGUCACACAUGCCAGAGAUUGCUCAGGAAGCCAUGGAGGCUCUGCUGGUUCUUCAUCAGUUAGAUAGCAUUGAUUUGUGGAAUCCUGAUGCUCCUGUAGAAACAUUUUGGGAGAUUAGCUCACAAAUGCUUUUUUACAUCUGUAAGAAAUUAACUAGCCAUCAAAUGCUUAGUAGCACAGAAAUUCUCAAGUGGUUGCGAGAAAUUUUGAUCUGCAGGAAUAAAUUUCUUCUUAAAAAUAAGCAGGCAGAUAGAAGUUCCUGUCACUUUCUCUUCCCUUAUGGAGUAGGAUGUGAUGUUCCUUCUAGUGGAAAUACCAGUCAAAUGUCCAUGGAUCAUGAAGAGUUACUACGUACCUGUACUCCUGGAGCCUCUGUCCGGAAAGGAAAAGGAAACUCCUCCAUGGAUAGUGCAGCAGGAUGCAGCGGAACCCCACCAAUAUGCCGACAAGCCCAGACCAAACUAGAAGUGGCGCUGUACAUGUUUCUGUGGAGCCCUGACACUGAAGCUGUUUUGGUUGCCAUGUCCUGUUUCCGCCACCUCUGUGAGGAAGCGGAUAUCCGGUGUGGGGUGGAUGAAGUGUCGGUGCACAACUUCUUGCCCAACUAUAACACAUUCAUGGAGUUUGCCUCUGUCAGCAAUAUGAUGUCAACAGGGAGAGCAGCACUUCAGAAAAGAGUGAUGGCACUGCUAAGGCGCAUUGAGCAUCCCACUGCAGGAAACACUGAGGCUUGGGAAGAUACACAUGCAAAGUGGGAACAAGCUACAAAACUAAUCCUUAACUAUCCAAAAGCCAAAAUGGAAGAUGGUCAGGCUGCUGAAAGCCUUCACAAGACCAUUGUUAAGAGGCGAAUGUCCCACGUGAGCGGAGGAGGAUCCAUAGAUUUGUCUGACACAGAUUCCCUUCAGGAAUGGAUCAACAUGACUGGCUUCCUUUGUGCCCUUGGGGGAGUGUGCCUGCAGCAGAGAAGCAAUUCUGGCCUGGCAACCUAUAGCCCACCCAUGGGCCCAGUCAGUGAACGUAAGGGCUCCAUGAUUUCAGUGAUGUCCUCAGAGGGAAAUGCAGAUACACCUGUCAGCAAAUUUAUGGAUCGGCUGUUGUCCUUAAUGGUGUGUAACCAUGAGAAAGUAGGACUUCAAAUACGGACCAACGUUAAGGAUCUAGUGGGUCUAGAAUUGAGUCCUGCUCUUUAUCCAAUGCUAUUUAACAAGUUGAAGAAUACCAUCAGCAAGUUUUUUGACUCCCAAGGACAGGUUUUAUUGACUGAUACCAAUACUCAAUUUGUAGAGCAAACCAUAGCUAUAAUGAAGAACUUACUAGAUAAUCAUACUGAAGGCAGCUCUGAACAUCUGGGGCAAGCUAGCAUUGAAACAAUGAUGUUAAAUCUGGUCAGAUAUGUUCGUGUGCUUGGGAAUAUGGUCCACGCAAUUCAAAUAAAAACCAAACUAUGUCAGUUGGUUGAAGUAAUGAUGGCAAGGAGAGAUGACCUCUCAUUUUGUCAAGAGAUGAAAUUUAGAAAUAAGAUGGUAGAAUACUUGACAGACUGGGUCAUGGGAACAUCAAACCAAGCAGCAGAUGAUGAUGUAAAAUGUCUUACAAGAGAUUUGGACCAGGCAAGCAUGGAAGCAGUAGUUUCACUCCUAGCUGGUCUCCCACUGCAGCCUGAGGAAGGAGAUGGUGUGGAAUUGAUGGAAGCCAAAUCACAGUUAUUUCUUAAAUACUUCACGUUGUUUAUGAACCUUUUGAAUGACUGCAGUGAAGUUGAAGAUGAAAAUGCACAAACAGGUGGCAGGAAACGUGGCAUGUCUCGGAGGCUGGCAUCACUGAGGCACUGUACAGUACUUGCAAUGUCCAACUUACUCAAUGCUAAUGUGGACAGUGGCCUUAUGCACUCCAUAGGUUUAGGUUAUCACAAGGAUCUCCAGACAAGAGCUACAUUUAUGGAAGUUCUGACAAAAAUCCUUCAACAAGGCACAGAAUUUGACACACUUGCAGAAACAGUAUUGGCAGAUCGGUUUGAGAGACUGGUGGAAUUGGUCACAAUGAUGGGUGAUCAGGGAGAGCUGCCUAUAGCUAUGGCUCUGGCCAAUGUGGUCCCUUGUUCUCAGUGGGAUGAACUAGCUCGAGUUCUGGUUACUCUAUUUGAUUCUCGGCAUUUACUCUACCAACUGCUCUGGAACAUGUUUUCUAAGGAAGUAGAAUUGGCAGACUCCAUGCAGACUCUUUUCCGAGGCAACAGCUUGGCCAGUAAAAUAAUGACAUUCUGUUUCAAGGUAUAUGGUGCUACCUACCUACAAAAACUCCUGGAUCCUUUAUUACGAAUUGUUAUCACGUCUUCUGAUUGGCAACAUGUAAGCUUUGAAGUGGAUCCUACCAGGUUAGAACCAUCAGAGAGCCUUGAGGAAAACCAGCGGAACCUUCUUCAGAUGACUGAAAAGUUCUUCCAUGCCAUCAUCAGUUCCUCCUUAGAAUUCCCCCCUCAGCUUCGAAGUGUGUGCCAUUGUUUAUACCAGGCAACUUGCCACUCCCUACUGAAUAAAGCUACAGUAAAAGAAAAAAAGGAAAACAAAAAAUCAGUGGUUAGCCAGCGUUUCCCACAGAACAGCAUCGGUGCAGUAGGAAGUGCCAUGUUCCUCAGAUUUAUCAAUCCUGCCAUUGUCUCACCGUAUGAAGCAGGGAUUUUAGAUAAAAAGCCACCACCUAGAAUCGAAAGGGGCUUGAAGUUAAUGUCAAAGAUACUUCAGAGUAUUGCCAAUCAUGUUCUUUUUACAAAAGAAGAGCACAUGCGGCCUUUUAAUGAUUUCGUGAAAAGCAACUUUGAUGCAGCACGAAGGUUUUUCCUUGAUAUAGCAUCUGAUUGUCCUACAAGUGAUGCCGUAAAUCAUAGUCUUUCCUUCAUUAGUGAUGGCAAUGUGCUUGCUUUACAUCGUCUACUCUGGAACAAUCAAGAGAAAAUUGGCCAGUAUCUUUCCAGCAACAGGGAUCAUAAAGCUGUUGGAAGACGACCGUUUGAUAAGAUGGCAACGCUUCUUGCAUACCUGGGGCCUCCAGAGCACAAACCUGUGGCAGAUACACACUGGUCCAGCCUUAAUCUUACCAGUUCGAAGUUUGAGGAAUUUAUGACUAGGCAUCAGGUGCAUGAAAAAGAAGAGUUCAAGGCUUUGAAAACGCUAAGUAUUUUCUACCAAGCUGGGACUUCCAAAGCUGGGAAUCCUAUUUUUUAUUAUGUUGCACGGAGGUUCAAAACUGGGCAAAUCAAUGGUGACUUGCUGAUAUAUCAUGUCUUGCUGACCUUAAAGCCAUAUUAUGCAAAGCCAUAUGAAAUUGUAGUGGACCUUACCCAUACUGGGCCUAGUAAUCGCUUUAAAACAGACUUUCUCUCCAAGUGGUUUGUUGUUUUUCCUGGCUUUGCUUAUGACAAUGUCUCUGCAGUCUAUAUCUAUAACUGUAACUCCUGGGUCAGGGAGUACACCAAAUAUCAUGAGCGGCUGCUGACUGGCCUCAAAGGUAGCAAAAGGCUCGUUUUCAUAGACUGUCCUGGGAAACUGGCUGAGCACAUAGAACAUGAACAACAGAAACUACCAGCUGCCACCUUGGCUUUAGAAGAGGACCUGAAGGUAUUCCACAAUGCUCUCAAGCUAGCUCACAAAGACACCAAAGUUUCUAUUAAAGUUGGUUCUACUGCUGUUCAAGUAACCUCAGCAGAGCGAACAAAAGUCCUGGGGCAGUCAGUCUUUCUAAAUGAUAUCUAUUAUGCCUCGGAAAUUGAAGAGAUCUGCCUAGUGGAUGAGAACCAGUUCACUUUAACCAUUGCAAACCAGGGCACACCGCUCACCUUCAUGCACCAGGAGUGCGAAGCCAUCGUCCAGUCUAUCAUUCACAUCCGGACCCGCUGGGAGCUGUCACAGCCUGAUUCCAUCCCCCAGCACACCAAGAUUCGGCCAAAAGAUGUCCCUGGGACGCUGCUUAAUAUUGCAUUACUUAAUUUAGGCAGUUCAGAUCCUAGUUUACGGUCAGCUGCCUAUAAUCUUCUGUGUGCCUUAACUUGUACCUUUAAUUUAAAAAUCGAGGGCCAGUUACUAGAGACAUCAGGUUUAUGUAUCCCUGCCAACAACACCCUCUUUAUUGUCUCUAUUAGUAAGACACUGGCAGCCAAUGAGCCACACCUCACGUUAGAAUUUUUGGAAGAGUGUAUUUCUGGAUUUAGCAAAUCUAGUAUUGAAUUGAAACAUCUUUGUUUGGAGUAUAUGACUCCAUGGCUGUCAAAUCUAGUCCGUUUUUGUAAGCAUAAUGAUGAUGCCAAACGACAAAGAGUUACUGCUAUUCUUGAUAAGCUGAUAACAAUGACCAUAAAUGAAAAACAGAUGUACCCUUCUAUUCAAGCAAAAAUAUGGGGAAGCCUUGGGCAGAUUACAGAUCUGCUUGAUGUUGUACUAGACAGUUUCAUCAAAACUAGUGCAACGGGUGGCUUGGGAUCAAUAAAAGCUGAAGUGAUGGCAGAUACUGCUGUAGCUUUGGCUUCUGGAAAUGUGAAAUUGGUUUCAAGCAAGGUUAUUGGAAGGAUGUGCAAAAUAAUUGACAAGACAUGCUUAUCUCCAACUCCUACUUUAGAACAGCAUCUUAUGUGGGAUGAUAUUGCUAUUUUAGCACGCUACAUGCUGAUGCUGUCCUUCAACAAUUCCCUUGAUGUGGCAGCUCAUCUCCCCUACCUGUUCCACGUUGUUACUUUCUUAGUAGCCACAGGUCCGCUCUCCCUUAGAGCUUCCACACAUGGAUUGGUCAUUAAUAUCAUUCACUCUCUGUGUACUUGUUCACAGCUUCAUUUUAGUGAAGAGACCAAGCAAGUUUUGAGACUCAGUCUAACAGAGUUCUCAUUACCCAAAUUUUACUUGCUGUUUGGCAUUAGCAAAGUCAAGUCAGCUGCUGUCAUUGCCUUCCGUUCCAGUUACCGGGACAGGUCAUUCUCUCCUGGCUCCUAUGAGAGGGAGACUUUUGCUUUGACAUCCUUGGAAACAGUCACAGAAGCUUUGUUGGAGAUCAUGGAGGCAUGUAUGAGAGAUAUUCCAACGUGCAAAUGGCUGGACCAGUGGACAGAAUUAGCUCAAAGAUUUGCCUUCCAAUAUAAUCCAUCCCUGCAACCAAGAGCUCUUGUUGUCUUUGGCUGUAUUAGCAAACGAGUGUCUCAUGGGCAGAUAAAGCAGAUUAUCCGUAUUCUUAGCAAGGCACUUGAAAGUUGCUUAAAAGGACCUGAUACUUACAACAGUCAAGUUCUGAUAGAAGCUACAGUAAUAGCACUAACCAAAUUACAGCCACUUCUUAAUAAGGACUCCCCUCUGCACAAAGCCCUCUUUUGGGUAGCCGUGGCCGUGCUGCAGCUCGACGAGGUCAACUUGUAUUCAGCAGGUACCGCACUUCUUGAACAAAACCUACACACCUUAGAUAGUCUCCGGAUAUUCAAUGACAAGAGUCCAGAGGAAGUAUUUAUGGCAAUCCGGAAUCCUCUGGAAUGGCACUGCAAGCAGAUGGAUCAUUUUGUUGGACUCAAUUUCAACUCUAACUUUAACUUCGCACUGGUUGGACAUCUCUUAAAAGGGUACAGGCAUCCUUCACCUGCCAUUGUUGCAAGAACAGUCAGAAUUUUGCAUACACUACUAACUCUGGUUAACAAACAUAGAAAUUGUGACAAAUUUGAAGUGAAUACACAGAGCGUGGCUUACUUAGCAGCUUUACUCACAGUGUCUGAAGAGGUUCGAAGUCGCUGCAGCCUAAAACAUAGAAAGUCACUACUUCUUACUGAUAUUUCAAUGGAAAAUGUUCCUAUGGAUACAUAUCCCAUCCAUCAUGGCGACUCCACCUAUAGGACACUAAAGGAGAAUCAGCCAUGGUCUUCUCCCAAAGGUUCUGAAGGGUACCUUGCAGCCACCUAUCCAACUGUGGGUCAGACCAGUCCCCGAGCCAGGAAAUCCAUGAGCUUGGAUAUGGGGCAGCCUUCUCAGGCCAACACUAAGAAGCUGCUUGGAACAAGGAAAAGUUUUGAUCACUUGAUAUCAGACACAAAGGCUCCUAAAAGGCAAGAAAUGGAAUCAGGGAUCACAACACCCCCCAAAAUGAGGAGAGUAGCAGAAACUGAUUAUGAAAUGGAAACUCAGAGGAUUUCCUCAUCACAACAGCACCCACACUUACGUAAAGUUUCAGUUUCUGAAUCAAAUGUUCUCUUGGAUGAAGAAGUACUUACUGAUCCGAAGAUCCAAGCGCUGCUUCUUACUGUUCUAGCUACACUGGUAAAAUAUACCACAGAUGAGUUUGAUCAACGAAUUCUUUAUGAAUACUUAGCGGAGGCCAGUGUUGUGUUUCCCAAGGUUUUUCCUGUUGUGCACAAUUUGUUGGACUCUAAGAUCAACACCCUGUUGUCACUGUGCCAAGAUCCAAAUUUGUUAAAUCCGAUCCAUGGAAUUGUGCAGAGUGUGGUAUACCAUGAAGAGUCCCCACCACAAUACCAAACAUCUUACCUGCAAAGUUUUGGUUUUAAUGGCUUAUGGAGGUUUGCAGGACCCUUUUCAAAGCAAACACAAAUCCCAGACUAUGCUGAGCUUAUUGUUAAGUUUCUUGAUGCCUUGAUUGACACGUACUUGCCUGGAAUUGAUGAAGAAACCAGUGAGGAGUCCCUCCUGACACCCACAUCUCCUUACCCUCCUGCACUGCAGAGCCAGCUUAGUAUCACUGCCAACCUUAACCUCUCUAAUUCCAUGACCUCACUUGCAACUUCCCAGCAUUCCCCAGGAAUCGACAAGGAGAACGUUGAACUCUCCCCUACCACUGGCCACUGUAACAGUGGACGAACUCGCCACGGAUCCGCAAGCCAAGUGCAGAAGCAAAGAAGCGCUGGCAGUUUCAAACGUAAUAGCAUUAAGAAGAUCGUGUGAAGCUUGCUUUCUUUCUUUUUUUAAACCAACUUAACAUGGGCUCUUCACUAGUGACUCCUUCCCUAGCCUUGCCCCAUCCCUCCAUGUCGUGAUGCUGCACUUCCUGUUUUAUAACGAACCCGUCCGGUCUGCCAUGUUGCCAGAUGAUCAACUC